AUGAUCACUAGUGAACUGGAUCCUACAACUGUAUCAUUAGGCUCUGCACUAUUUGACUCGUCCGAAUUGACCUUUCAUCCCAGCAUUUUGGAGCAUUUCCUUACCACAGCCCUUGAAGAAGCCGGCCAUACUCAGCAUCACAAUUUGAUCGAAUCCAAACAAAUGCCGCCCUCUAUUAGUUGGCCGUAUCAAUUAUUUGCCCUUCCAUUUACUAUCCAUAUAAUCACGCCUACUGCUACCAGUUUUACAAACCGCACGAGUGCCUUUGGUCUUGGCUGGCAUCAGCUCGCCAGAAUAGGCCUCUCAGUUGGCCUGCCUGAGGCCUUGACUGGCAUCCUCCCCGGCUUUGUCAAUUGGCCAUCCACCGAUCCCAUUGCCUCGGCUUAUCAAAAAAUAUUCACUUUGCUUCUUAAAGUCAAAUACACUGGCUGGCUGGUAGCCCGUCUACAUAGCCAAUUUUAUCGACAUAUUGGCCAGAGCCGAUCUUUGACAUAUAUUCAUGACCCCUUGGAUCAAACGAGACAGAUGAGGCGGCAUCAAGCAGAACUGUGGCUGCAUGAAGCUGGCCAGGUUGUGAGGGGCCUCGAUGGCUAUUUAGCUAACCAGGUAGUUCUGGCAAGCUGGAGCGAGUUCCGCACACGUUUGGACGAGGGCCUAUGCAGAGCAGAACUCCUUGAACCGCUAGACAGGGGUGCGAAAAUCAUUUCUGGGAUUGGAGCGCCUUCGUGGUCUGGUGUUCCAGAAACUACCAAUUGCUUCUUUGGCAAUAGAAGCUAUGCGGAUCUUUCUCAAGUGACUUGUCUUCGGGACAUCUACCAGCUCCAUUCAGACUACUUGGGUAAAGUGCUGACUCGGUAA